GACUCACAGUGACAGCGCUCCUAUUAGCUAGUGCUCAGAUGGAGCAGCUCCGGCAGCAGAAGAGGCAGGCUGUGCUCCUGGUUACCUGCUGCAGCAGGCGGCUGCGCCAAGAUAUUUAUUUACGAGCUGAGAUGAAGGACAGCAGGCUGUACUGAGUGCGGUUGUUGUUAUUCUUAAGGCUUUAUUUAAAAAGAACUGGAUGCCCAGGCUGAAUUUCAUCUCUGAAAGCUGGAGAAAGGAGUGGACUUAAUCAAUGUUAUAACAUGCAAAAUCCAUCCACACAUGAGGAAAAGAGCCCUCUUUGUGGUAAUGUUAGAGGAAUAGCAAUUGGAGACAACCUGCUGCACUCUCCUGCUCUGUAAAACAAACAUCAGUAAAGCCAAGCAGCAAGAAAAGGCUUCUUCAUGACAAAAUGACAGCAAGAGAACACAGUCCCCGCCAUGGUGCAAAAUCCCGCACCGUGCAACGGGCCUCCACCAUUGAUGUCACCUCAGACAUGCUAGGCCUUUCUUUAGCAGGGAAUAUUCAAGAUCCAGAUGAGCCGAUUUUAGAGUUCAGUUUAGCUUGCAGCGAGCUGCUAACGCCAUCACUAGAUCGAAAACCAAAUAGUUUUGUAGCGGUGAGUGUAACUACACCUCCUCAGGCAUUCUGGACGAAGCAUGCACAGACAGAAAUUAUUGAGGGAACAAGUAAUCCUAUCUUCCUAAGCAGCAUUGCCUUUUUCCAAGACUCUCUUAUCAAUCAAAUGACACAAAUCAAACUCUCCGUGUACGACGUUAAAGAUAGAUCUCAGGGAACAAUGUAUCUGUUGGGUUCUGGGAUGUUCACUGUAAAAGAACUUCUACAAGAGAAGAAUCACAGGUUGCACUUAACACUAAGGUCCACCUCCAAAAAAAUUUCAACGCAGAGUAUUUGUUGCAGGUCUGCUGAAAGUGACCGUGUAGGUAACAUUACAGUUAUUGGAUGGCAAAUGGAGGAAAAAACUGACCAAAGGCCUCCAGUGACAAGGUCACCUGAUACAAUUAAUGGAAGGACUGUGUUACCAGUUGAUGAAAGUUUAACAGAAUCUUUAGGAAUCAGAUCCAAAUAUGCUUCAUUACGGAAGGAUGCACUACUGAAAUCUGUGUUUGGUGGUGCCAUUUGCCGGAUGUACCGUUUCCCCACCACUGAUGGAAACCACCUGAGAAUCUUGGAGCAAAUGGCUGAGAGCGUGCUGUCAUUGCACAUACCCAGGCAAUUUGUGAAGCUUCUUCUAGAAGAAGAUGCAGCAAGGGUUUGUGAACUAGAAGAACUGGGAGAAUUAUCUCCUUGUUGGGAAAGCCUUCGGCGACAAAUAGUUACUCAGUACCAAACAAUUAUUUUAACUUAUCAGGAAAAUCUAACUGAUCUGCAUCAAUACAAAGGUCCUUCAUUUAAAGCCAGUAGCUUGAAAGCUGACAAAAAGUUGGAAUUUGUUCCUACAAAUUUACAUAUACAGAGAAUGAGAGUCCAGGAUGAUGGAGGAUCAGAUCAGAACUACGAUAUAGUCACCAUAGGAGCACCAGCAGCUCAUUGCCAAGGCUUCAAAUCAGGUGGCUUGAGGAAAAAGCUGCAUAAAUUUGAAGAGGCAAAGAAACACAGUUAUGAGGAGUGUUGCACUUCAACAGGUUCCCAGUCAAUAAUAUACAUUCCACAGGACAUUGUUAGAGCAAAGGAAAUCAUUGCACAAAUCAACACCCUGAAAACUCAAGUGAGCUAUUAUGCAGAAAGGCUCUCACGAGCUGCCAAGGAUAGAUCAGCUAAUGGCCUUGAAAGAACGCUUGCCAUCCUGGCAGAUAAGACCCGGCAACUCGUCACAGUCUGUGACUGCAAGUUGUUAGCAAAUUCAAUACAUGGACUAAAUGCUGCAAGGCCAGAUUAUAUAGCUUCAAAGGCAUCUCCAACCUCUGGAGAAGGGGAACAAGUGAUGCUGAGGAACGAUCAAGAUACACUAGUGGCCAGAUGGACAGGACGAAACAGCCGAUCUUCUCUGCAGGUGGACUGGCAUGAAGAGGAAUGGGAGAAAGUUUGGUUGAAUGUUGACAAAAGUCUGGAGUGCAUUAUACAGAGAGUGGACAAACUUCUCCAGAAGGAGCGCCUGCAAAGUGACAGCUGUGAAGACGUUUUCCAGUGCGACAUCAGCUGUACUAGUAAGAAAGGUAAUCGGGACACCCGUGCCUACUGGAUAAAUCCAGAAGAUGUAAAUGAGACCUCAUCUUCCUCACCACCAACAUCCUCACCACCACCAUCAUCCACCCCAUCCUGUGCAUGCCAUUCUCUCAGAAAGACAAAUUGCAGCCCCGCUCCGGAAGAAUCUGCGCCAGGCGAGUGGAGCGAAGCCCUUUAUCCUUUGCUGACGACUCUCACGGACUGCGUGGCCAUGAUGAGUGACAAGGCCAAGAAAGCCAUGGUCUUCUUGUUAAUGCAGGACAGUGCCCCAACGAUAGGGCUGUGUCUGAGUCUUCAGUAUCGCAGGGAUGUUGUCUUCUGCCAAACUCUGACAGCUCUCAUAUGUGGUUUCAUUAUCAAGCUGAGGAACUGCCUGCAUGAUGAUGGAUUUCUAAGACAGCUCUACACCAUUGGCUUGCUGGCGCAGUUUGAGAGCCUGCUGAGUACUUACGGUGAGGAGCUGGCAAUGCUGGAGGACAUGAGUUUGGGAAUCAUGGACCUGAGGAAUGUAACCUUUAAAGUAACUCAGGCAACAUCAAAUACAUCUACUGACAUGCUGCCAGUCAUCACUGGGAAUCGUGAUGGAUUUAACGUGAGGAUCCCUUUGCCAAGCGCCUUGUUUGAUUUGCUGCCGCGAGAGAUUCAAAGUGGCAUGUUACUGAGGGUUCAGCCUGUGCUCUUCAACGUGGGGAUCAAUGAGCAGCAAACCCUAGCAGAGAAGUUCGGAGACACCUCACUGCAAGAAGUAAUAAACAUGGAAAGCUUAGUGCGGUUAAAUUCAUAUUUUGAGCAGUUCAAGGAAGUUUUGCCCGAUGAUUGUCUACCUCGAUCUCGUAGUCAGACGUGCCUGCCUGAACUGUUAAGGUUUCUGGGACAAAAUGUACACGCAAGGAAAAAUAAGAAUGUUGAUAUCCUUUGGCAAGCUGCUGAGAUAUGCCGCAGACUAAAUGGCGUUCGGUUUACAAGCUGUAAAAGUGCCAAGGAUAGGACUGCUAUGUCGGUCACCCUAGAGCAGUGUUUGAUCCUACAGCAUGAACAUGGAAUGGCUCCACAGGUCUUCACUCAGGCUCUCGAGUGUAUGAGGAGCAUUGGAACACGGGAGGUAGUCACCCAGAAGAACUUGAGUGGCUUGGUGCCCAUCCGAGAUUUCAGACUAGAUCCCAGCCUCCUCUACUCUAUUCCUUUACUAGCUCUCAGCCCCAAUUUACUGAUUGUGUGGCUGUUUCUGAGCAUAGCGUACCUGGUGGCCAGAUUACGUUGCAAGUGAAGAUAAGGUUAAAAAUAAAAACAAACAAACAAACAAAUUGCUUGAACGUGUAUUGCCACUUGGUACCUGCUGGACAAAAGAAUGUGUCAUAACAUUGUCUGCCAAGAAUUAUUAUUAUGCCUUACAAUUUUACGUUUCUAUUGUACUAAACUGUAAAUAUACAUCAAAUUAUUUUAUCAAGAAGAAUUGUAUUGAAACUUUAAAUUACUGUUCUGCUUUCAGUGCUUGUAACAUAGUCUGACAUUUGGCCUGUUACCUCGUUACUUUAGCCGGCCUGAAGAUCUCUUACCAAAUACAGUUUUGUGUUACUUGUUUCAUGUAUUCCAGAGAAAGGAACUCUGAAAAGAAUUUGUAUCUUUUGUAUAUUCAGGGUGUAUGCUAAUCUUGCCUUUCAUUUUUACAAGCUAAGAGGAGAAAAAAUAAAAAAUAUGGGUGGGGUUUAUAAGAAGUUAUAAGAAAUUUAUUUAAAGAAGUAAACAAAUUUGUACCUUUAUUUCAAAGCAUAAUAUCCAAAUGAUUAUUACACAAUUUGUAGAACCAUAGUCUCGUUCCUUUCUCGUGGUUACGUAUGUUCCAGUAGACUAGUGUACCCACUGAACAACAACUUGCAGUGUGCUGCAUGCAGGAUUAUUUCAUUAUAUUUAUAGAUCUGCAUUUUGUAAUAUAUUAAAGACAAAAAGAUAAUGGCGUCUGGUUAGCGAGAGUAUGUAAUUGGCAGAGCCUGCUAAUGAUCCACUGUCUGUUUCAGGUGCUUUGUUCUAUAACUUAUUCUGAAACAGGGUCAUUAUCAUCCUAUUGAAGUUAGUCUACAAUAUUUCAAGCAAGGAAAGGAAGGUAUUAAUUAGCUCUGUUAUUUGGUGGGCUUGAGGUUUUCCACUAGGCUUUGUGUUAAUGACACUGGGCUAAAUAUUAGUUAUUUCCAUUUUUGAGUGUCGGACAGCUUUAAUAAAUUAUGAUGAUGAUAGACAAUGAUUUAGAGGUAAAUGAGUGAUGGCAAGAACAUUUAUUUAAAUGAUGAUACUGAAGAAAUAUGCCUAGUUUAGUCACACGGAACGAUUGUGGAAGAAAUUUGGACACAGUUUGUAUCUAACAUCUGACUGGGAUAGGCCUGUUGAAAAUGGUGGACUCUGCUGAUGUAGUAGUCUGGAAGUGCUUGUCAAUAGCAAUAGUUCAUUGAAAAACUAACCUCAUUUAACAUAGUUUGCUAAAUUCGUUAAGGGAUUUAGUUUGCUUGGUGCCUAAGAUGACAGAAUGUUGAGCUUGAUGACCAAGGAGAACUCCGCUAGUACUGUGAUUUCUAAUUUCUACUAUUAUUACCUUGCUCAGAAGACAUAGAUAGCUAUAGCUUAUAUUAUCAAUUUUAAUGUAUUUUGAAAGCUCCUGAAGGAGGUACGCUUUAAAAAGAGAAGAACAUAGUUUAAGGGGAAAAAAAAAAAAAAGAAAAAAAAAGGAAAAAAAAAAAAGGCUAAAAUCCUAAAUUUGGCAAAUAUUCUAACUAAAUGAAGUACAUGGUUAUACUCGUGUCUUCGUGAAAGAAGACUGUACAGUACACUAUCACCUGGUAUUUUUCUCACUAUUCUUCCAAUUUUGUUUUUAAAAGAAAAGAAAGCCCACAGACAGUGUAUGUAUAUACUUAAGCAUUUAUCCUAUUUAUUUUGGAUUGCUUCAGCAAAGCCUUAUGGGCUUUAAAAACAUGGUGCGAUGGUAUUGGACAUUUCCACAUCCUGUGCUGCUGUCCAGUACCACUGCAUCUCAAUACAAAUAAUUUCUUCUUUCUGAUUAAGGUUGGUUUGUUUGCUAUGAGUACCAAAUUCACUUUUUACGCAGUAAAUGGUGAUUAGGUUCACUGUAGCCUUCUUGGUGAGUGUCCUGCGUUCAGCCUACCAAGAUGUGAAAGUAACUUUAGUAGGGGUGUCUCCACUGAGCUCCCUGCUGUUAUUAAGUCUGUUAUAAAUGCAGUAUGAAGCUUUGCUUGUUUACUGUUGUUGGCAAGAUUAGGCAUGCAAUAAGACCACCUUUAAAUUAAUUUACAUUAAUUGUAAGUGAAAGCUAAGACCUUUUGAAAACAAAAAGAUGGGUUCUUUCAUACCCUUUGGUUGGGACAAGUUUUCAUUUUUUCCUUCUUUAGUUCAGCCUGUGCUCUCAUUCUGGCAUUCAGAUUUAAAAUGACACAGUGCUUACAGCUCACGUGCCUCCAGAAGCUCCGCAGCACACAAAAUAGGUGAGAUACAUCUUUGCCAUCGUGCUUGCGGGCCACCUGUGCCUCAGAGGGACAUGGGCAAUGCAGGCAGUGGAAUGAGUAAUGAGCAGAAUUACUCACUUCCAAUUGGAAAUUCUCAGUUGGCAUCCCAUAUUUUUUAUUUUAAUUAGAUGUUUUUAUCACUGCUCUGGAAGAUAUUUCCUGCCAAUCCUUGACGGGUCUAUUUGCAGCAGUCUUUGGGGGAUGUGCAAUGCACUAAACAGUGUCACAAGGUGCAAUCCAUUCUGUAGGACAGUCACACACACAAUAUACUGAGAGAUUUCAAACAUAAGCUGUUAUCUGCAGUGAAAACAUUCAGUGUUCUGUGAAGUUAAGCUAGGUGGUACGUUAAGUAGCAGAGCUACAGUCGAUGUGAUUAACCAAAAUUAGAGGAACAGUGAGAUCAGCAACAGCAGAGAGCUUUCAAAUUAAAGCAGGAAACCAAACCCUCCUUGUGAGUCAGAUUGCCUCUGUUUAGCUGGUACCUGCUGCAGCCAUCUCCAGGACGGGAAUGAUGGGACAUUCCCACCGUAAGAUUGUGUACUGUACAACUUUGCCAUGAACUUUUAUUAUUGUUAGAUCAAUGUUUAGGUUUCCAUUCUCUGUCAGAACACGUUCUCAUGUGAGCCUAAAUUGAUCUCUACUAUAUAAAAUGCAGUGCUUCCUCUUUGUAUGUCUGUUUUGGAUUUGAAAUAGAUUUACAAUGGUAAAGAAGCCUUAUAAGUGGAAUCGUUUUUUUAUUGUAGCACAGAACCUCUUUGUAAUGUGGGGCAGUUGCACCAAAGCAUUGGGUAAAGUUGGACUCCCAAAUUCUGCACAGCUUUGUUGCAUUGGGGUGAUGACUGUCAAUGCAGCCAAUACAGAGCUGCUAUUUCCUGGUGUUUUUUUAAGAGUAUGUUGGUUUUCAAGUCAAUUUAUGCAUGCAAAGAUAACUGGAGAGCCAUUAUUUUUAUAUCAGCUCUGGUCCUUAAGUUCUGAUAGCGCUGAUGUACAGGGAACAAUAAAAUAAAGCUCCUGUUGAGAGGUGGGCAGUCUUUCUUUUUCAACAUAACAUACUAAUGAAUUAGCAGAACUGCAUUUAAGCAAUCUUUUGGGAUCCUUUGUACAAUGGCACGUGAGCGCCGUAACAGCGUACCCUGAAAUACAUGAAACCUUCCUAAAAGAACUUUCUCACUGGAUGCACUGCUGCUUUUUAGAAAUGCAAAACUAGCGAUCAGACAUAGCAUGUGUCCAUUCUGUGUGCUUCUUACUAGCAUUGUAUGAGGAGUCAUCAUCUUUAAUAUUUGCAGUGGCAAAUUAAUUAAGCGCUCAUUGAAUAUAACCAACUUUUUGUUAAUGCUAUGAAAUAACCAGUUCAUUUCAUCUUAGUUUAAGUCUUCUUUUCUUUUUUUUUUUUCUUUUUUUUUCCGUUUUACUGCUGUCAUUUUUUUGUGCUUGUUUUUUUU